AUGCGCAGUUACAUGUCGCACGACGCUAAUCUCGCCGAGGUCAUACGCGAACUCGACCGUGCCGUCCUUCGCCUGGGAGCAAGUGGCGGCGAAAGCCUAGUGUGGCUCGAACUAGCCGGCUUAGUUGCGCUGCUCAAUUUCGCGGCUGCUUUCUUCAUGGACGGUGCCGACCUUAUGGAGGGCUACAUGCAAGAAAAGCUUGGCAAUGGCAUGGUGCAAGAAUGUUUCGAUUAUAUCUAUGCCAAUCGAGCCGACUACAUGGAGGCGGAGGAAUAUCGCAGUGAAGGAUGUCCCGGGGGCAAAAGGGGAGACCUGCUGGAACGCCAAAACAGGAGGAUUCGCAUCUUCAACUCGUUCAACAGGAUGGCGCCUGAUGUGACGGAUCUCAGGGACGGCGUACAGACGGUGCUGUUCACCUUGGUGUGGAUCAACGAGACCGCGUUCAAGGGCUACGACGCGGCCAUGUCAGCCACAUUGCAUGUAGAGCUUCUCAUUUUCAGUGCGUCGCUUCAGAACCUGUCUGGAUGCGAACUGGCGCUUUUCACCUCCAACGGCUCUGGCAAGCGCGUCAAGGACUCGAAAGGGAAGCGAGGCAAAAGCAAAAAGGGCUGGAACGAAAGCGUUGUCUCUUGCCCGUACGCACUGCAUCUCUACACCCUGGCCGUAGCGAACAUGGCUUUCGAGACACUGCAAACUUCGGCCCUGGCCGCCAAGGCUAAUCUCCUGACCGUCGAGCCUGAGAAGGGCACCCCGGAAAAAUUCAAACGAGUGUGUCGCUGCUCGACUGGCACUAUGGAAGAAUGGGCUCUGCGGACUUCGGGAAACUUGCACAAUCCUUUGGCGCUGGUCGAGCGCAAGCAAUACAAUUGGAAGCCCCACAUGCGGGCACUCCAGAGCCGCAAGCAAAGAACGGGCAAGGUCCCAAUUCCAGCAAAGACGGACGCUGACAAGCUUGGCGGCAGCAGCAGCCAGCACAAGGUCGAACAGUGGGGACGACUAUCGCUGGCCGACAUCCUCCGAAAGCGAUUCGACGAGUUCGCGCUGCUCAGCAUGAUGCCUAAAGCGCCAGAUGGUCCUUCUUCGAACGGUGGCAUGGGGUCGAAGUUGACAGAUGGCGCUAGGCUAGCUCAAACGGCUCAAGCGGACACUGGCGUGCCCCGCUGGCAGCCAACAAUGUCAAGAAGCAUCGUCAUGUCGACAAAGGCUGCCAUACCGGCAUCUAGCCUAUAUACAGCUACAACCGUCACCACAACCACAGCCAUGACGACGACCGCGACCACUUCCACGAAACAACCCCUACCUCCACCCCCACCACCCCCGCACGUGUCCGUAGGACUAGAAGACACAUUCAAGUCGGUGUUCGAUAAAGAGAUAUCGUCCAACCCGAAACUCAAGGAAGCGAUCUUGGGCGAUGUGUCGGACAACGACUACCAGACGCUCCUCACGACGCUGGCGGCGCUGGGCAACACUCCCCUGCCGCACCCGAUGAUGAGCGACGACGAGUUGGCCUCGUGCAAAGUGACGAUGGCGGAGCGGUUGGGGCGCGAACACGAGGCGCGAGGACAGGCGGUGGAUAGCAUUGGCUUGCUUUCCUUUGAAGCGUGA